AUGAGAGUCUUUUCCUGUCUCUUGGUAGUCACCACUGCGAUCACUUCCGCUGUAGCCUUUGACAUCCCCGAAGGUGCAUCAAUUUCUGUACCAUGGCGACACAAGGGACGACCAUACUUUGGUUGGAACUUGAAAGACAAGUGGGGCAACAGUGUCGAAGAAGAUCGCCACAAGAUCACCAUCCGUGCUUCUGAGGAUGACACGGACGACAUAUCUGCAGACUUUGUCUGGGCUCUUGAGCAAGCACAGAAUGGUGGUCUUGUGCAUCUUGAAGAAGGCAAGACUUAUGUCAUUGGCAAGAAGAUUGAUCUUCCCGUUCUCAAUGAUGUGUACAUCAAGCUUGAUGGUACAUUGAAGUUUACCGACGAUAUCGAAUACUGGCAAAAGAACUACUUCUACUACCCCUUCCAGAAGAGUAUCACAUUCAUGGUCUGGAGUGGCCAAGAUAUCAGAAUCUAUGGAAAAGGAACUAUGGAUGGAAAUGGUCAGGCAUGGUACGACGGCUUUGCCGGCCGUGAGAUCUUGGAUGCCGACAACACCUACUACCGUCCUAUCCUGUUCUUGACUGACAAUGCUACCAAUGUCGAUGUCGAGGGCAUUACCUUCCUGAAUAGUCCGUGCUGGACCACUUUCUUGGUCCGCACCAAGGAUGUCUCCUUUGAUAAUGUCUACAUCGAGGCAUUCAGUACUAACGCUUCUGCUCUCCCAAAAAACACCGAUGGCUUCGACUCGCUCAACGUGGAUGGUCUAACCGUCACAAACACCCGCGUCAAUGUCGGCGACGACUGCUUCUCCCCCAAGCCAAACACCACAAACAUCUACGUUGAAAACCUCUGGUGCAACGGUACCCAUGGCGUCUCCAUGGGCUCAAUCGGUCAAUAUCCCGGUGUUCUCGACUACAUCUCAAACGCGUACAUGAAGAACAUCACCCUCCUGAACGGGCAAAAUGGCGCCAGACUAAAGGCAUGGGCAGGACCUCAAGUAGGCUACGGCUACAUCUCCAACAUCACGUACGAAAACAUCUACAUUGAAAACACAGACGCACCCAUCGUCCUCGAUCAAUGCUACUUCAACAUCAACGAAACAACAUGUGCUGCCUACCCCUCCAAUGUAAACAUUACAGAUGUCAAGUUUAUCAACGUCACUGGCUCGUCGAGUGGGAAAGAGGGUGGUGUGGUGGCGGAUUUGACUUGUAGUCCUGGAGCUACUUGUAGUGGCAUCAUGCUCGAGGGGAUAGAUUUGACGAGCCCUAAUGGGACGUCGGAGAUUGUGUGUAAUAAUAUUCAGGGGGAUAUCGGGGUCCCUUGUGUUUCUGGGGCCGACGCUUGA